AUGGCGGCACCCCGGCAUGUGGGGAACACGGCCCAGCAGCACCCACCCAAAAGGGAGGUUUUGAGCUUGAGUGUUGUCCUUUGUGGGAAUUACUUGAAUCUUUUUCCACCUGCAGACCCCUUUGCUGAUGCAACAAAGGGUGACGACUUACUCCCGGCGGGGACUGAGGAUUACAUUCAUAUAAGGAUCCAGCAACGAAACGGAAGAAAGACACUAACAACUGUUCAGGGAAUUGCAGAUGAUUAUGACAAGAAGAAACUUGUGAAAGCUUUCAAAAAGAAAUUUGCUUGUAAUGGUACUGUGAUCGAACAUCCUGAGUACGGUGAAGUUAUCCAGCUUCAAGGUGACCAGAGGAAGAACAUUUGCCAAUUCCUCUUGGAGAUUGGCAUUGUCAAGGAAGAACAACUGAAAGUUCAUGGUUUCUAAAAUACCUGUACUCUCAUGAAGAAUCCUUCAUUAUUUGGUCUUACCUAGCCUGGCUCUCCUGUGAAAAAUGAAUCUUUGCAGUGAAUGGACUUCCCUGUUGCCUGAACAUGUACAAUUUGAUUCAGAUUUGCAUGCCUGCGUGAAACAUGUGGUGUGUAGACUAGAAACACAUAAGAAAACUUCAGUAAGGUGGUAAUGAAGACACGUGUGAACUUUUAACACAUUUCCAAUGGAAAUGUUUUAGUGGUGAUUGUUCAGUUUAGUACUCUCCACCUGACUUAAAUGUGUGGGUUGUAUUAAAAUAGUGUGUGUUGUUGCUUAAAAAUAAAAGUUUAUCCGUAUAUUUUCUGGGACAUCUGAAAUGCUUUAGCUUAAGUUUUAAACUGUCAUAGCAGCCUUACUAAAGAACGGCUAAACUUUUGUGGCAGGUGUACCUCACUGCUGAUUGAAAAAACUGGAAAAUCUACAUCAUGAAGUAUUAGCUAAUUAAUCAGUAGAUUAGCUUGAUGUGAUCUUACCCUGUAGCUGUAAGACUAGAGCUUUAAAGUCUUUUGUGUAGGUGUGUCUUAGUAGCAGCAUCAUAAGACAUAAAUUGUUUGCUGAGUAAGUAACUGGAUCUUCUCUAAAAUUUACUGCAGUGACUAUGAAGUAUUAGCGUUAAGCAUAGUAGGACUAAAAUAAGCUGAACUGCUGGAGGCUGCUGUUACUGAGACCAUGCCAAACAUUUAGGUCUUACAUAGUACCCCCAAAACAUUUGAAGGAAGUGCAUGGGAUUUUGUAUCUCUUCUGUCACCGCGUGAAGGGGAAAGACACUGAGUUGGCUUCCGCUAUGACGGUGCAUUUAAUGUUGGCAAGCAGAGUGCUUUAAUUAGCUGGUAGUGUUAGCUGCAAAAGUGAGGAUGGAAACAGGCUCUACGCUAACCUUUUUCUUUCCUGGUAUAGAAAGUUUUGCUGUGAUUAACAGUUAAUAUGGCAGGAUUUGUAGUGCGGUUUGGGUGAUACUACAGAAAGCUGAUUUAAUCUACUUUUCUAACAGACAAUUCAUUCAGUGUUAUCUGAAGUUGUAAUAGUUAAAAUAGGUUUGUUCCAUCACGUUUUUUCAUCUAGUUUUAGUUAGCUGUAGACAAUUGGUAUUCUACUUUUAAGACAGAUCUCUUUACAGAAUGAAAUUACUUCAUUUGGUGAAAAAAGCCGAUCUUAUCUUGUGAGAUAGACAUGGGAAUUUUCUCUGAAACAAUUUAAAACAUGCUGAGAUGGGAAACAAUAAGAAUAGUUGUAAAUGUUAAAAAAACUUAUGGUAAUGUAUUCUCUGGAAAGGAAGAAAGAGACAUUUCUUUGCUGCUAAGACUUACUAAUAACUAAUUCAGAAAAAAAAAAUCUUAAGUAAAUAUCAAGAAUAGGCAAACCUAUAUUACUUAAUAUCACCUAUGCCUAUACUUGGUUUCCUGUUCAGACUACUUUUUAAACAGAAAUGCUCAAUUUAACUCAUUUGAAUCGUUUUGGGGGGGCAGGGGGAGGAAAUUCUGAAUUCAGACAUGAACCUUUAUGGCACUAGCAACAAUGAGGGGAGCACUCUAGAGCAUUCAUAUGACAAUUUCUUUCUCUUGUCUGAUCUAGACAAUUCCACCUGUAAGAAUCCAGUGUCCAGUCUCUCACUCUCCACAAAUUCUGCCUGGUGUUACAGAUCUUAACUGCUCCAGAGAAAGGACAUUGCAAAAGAUUGUAUAUUGUUAAGGUAUAAUGUGUUCAAGAGGAGGAGGAGGGAAUGCCUGCUGCAAAACAUGAAAUACCAGCACACAGAAUGAAAAUCCAAAGAAUAAGUGUUAUGCAAGCCUUGCACACAGCAGAAUAAAAUUCUUGUACUGCAAGUUUACCUAGUCCUGUUUCAUAGAUGAUAAAGUAAUUAAUUCUUUGUGGGGGGAGGUACAUAGCACUUAGUGAUAUUCAUUUUAUCAAAUGCCAGAAAACCUGACGUUCUCAUUUAAAGCUUGUUCUCCUGCCCAAGAGGAAAACCAAGCAGUAUUCUCUCCUGUUUCACUGGUAUUACUUGAGUACUUCUAGUGGUUCUUGAAUUGGAGAUUAACAAAUGAUUAGCAAGUCUCAUGUGUUACUGAGUCAGUCUUCAUUUCAGAAGGCAUUCCAUUAACUUUUACUACCUAAGCAUGAGUCAUGCCUCCAUAGUCAUUCUGCUUGGAAUAAGUAAGAAAAACUUUGUUUUCUUCCUCCUCAUUUAAAAGUAAUUUCUGAUAGAAGGAACCUUGCAGUUGAUAGGUGUCAGGUUAUAUGCUCUAGUGGAGCUGCUUGUGUUUUGGCCUUUGAAGGGCAAGAUUAAAAGGAGAGGGAAUAAGAAGUAAAUGCAUUUGCAGUUCAAAUAGAUGAGAUUUGUUGUGGCAACAAACAAUCUUUCUAGAAGGAAAGAAGAAAUUUUUGUCCUUGAAGUGUUUUAAACUAUAACCAUGUCUGGAUAAGAUUGUAACUAGCCAUGCUACAAGCCCAAUCUUCUUUGCAUGUUCUAGAGGAAAGGCUUAACUAUUUCAUGGUUUAUCAUCUUAUGCUGAAACUUCUUUGUCAAAGCUCAGCCUGUUUGGGAUAUAUAUCUGUGUUUCAAGAAUGCUGAAAAACAUGGAAGACUUUGGGAAAGAACUUAAAAUUACUGCCUUAAAAACCUGUUUUCACAGUGAAGGCCAGGUUUCAAUCUUUCCAUCUACUCCAAAAUAGAUCAAAAAUUGGUAAAGGAUGUGGCCCAUGAUUGUCGAGGCAGUAAAAGAGAGCUAAAAAUAAAAAACACUUUAAAAAACCUCUAGUAGGACUUGAGACUGGAAAGAGUGGUAGCUUCUUUUUGUUGGAAUAUUGUGAAGUCUGUGUCCAUUAGAUCUCCAAAUCAAGGUUGCAACCUUAGUGAUACCAAAGCUUAAUAACAAGCUGCAACUGGAUGUAGGAACUGCUGUUUAAAAUUCAGGGUCUUGCUGUGCAUGGUUAUAUUGAACUGUUGCAGCUGACAUUUACCUGAUACACUGGAGUAAGGUGUUGCAUGAAUUGAUUGCCUGUUCAGAACUUACAUCUACCUAGUGCCGCUAUGAACAGUGAAACCAUCGCUUCCCAAAUGGUAGUAGCAGUCCUUGUUUGUAGAAGGUGAGAUCUAGUAAUUUAAGUUUGUAAGCUGCCUACUUCUUCUUGUGUGAAUUAUAAGGCCCUUGACCUUCAUGUGUGGUCUGCUAAAUCUGACCAUGUGUUUCAGAGGUGAGCAUGAAAAGCACAACUAUGGGCAGAUGAGCAGUAAUUUUUUCAAGUGAAAGAACCUCUGAAAAGAAUAGUGCCUACAUUGUGUGUGCAUACUGUUCAUUGGUGUUUUGCUUAAAUCUUACUUCUUGCACAGCCUAAGUGGAGAGCAUAUUGUUCUGGAGAACUUUUUUGGAGAGGGAGGAGGGAACCCCAC